CUCUUUUUUUAUGUGUCAGGCACCAUGGAACAUGAGCAGCACUACUCUCGGGACUCUGCUGUUCUUCACCCGAACAAGAAGAAAUCGUACGCAAAAGCUCGUAUAAAUACCUCACACAGCGACACGUGAAAAUCCCAGGAAGAGCACCUGAUCGAGAGCAGCUACUACCAACAUGCCUCGCCGCCGCUUCCCCUUGGCGAGCACGGUCACCGCCGCGGUCCUCCUCGCCGCCGCCGUCCUAGCCGGCGCGACCGCGACCGCUGACGCCAAGACGGAGAAGAGCUUGGCGUCGAGGUUCCUGGAGCCGCACAACGCGGCGCGGCGCGCGGUGGGGGUGCCCGCGCUGCGGUGGGACGAGCGCCUGGCGGCGUACGCGCGCCGGUACGCGGCGGCGCGGGCCGGCGACUGCGCGCUGGCGCACUCGCACGGGCCCUACGGGGAGAACCUCUUCCGCGGGAGCGGCGGCGCCGGGUGGAACCCCGAGGCCGUGGUGGGCGCCUGGGUCCGGGAGCGCGCGCUCUACGACCGGUCCACCAACUCCUGCCGCGGCGGCGGCGGCGCUUGCGGGCACUACACCCAGGUCGUGUGGCGCGGCACCACGGCGGUUGGGUGCGCGAUGGCGCCCUGCGCCGGGGGACGCGCCACGUUCGCGGUGUGCAGCUACAGCCCGCCCGGCAACUACGUUGGCAUCAGGCCUUACUGAUGACGAGUCGUGCUCGUGCAUGCCACAUGCAUGUUGGUUACUUGCACCCGAUUCCUUUUAUUUUGACCUGAUUGUUUCACGCCAAAAACUUUUUUAUAGGGACAGGGUCCCCUCGUUUUGUUACUGCUCCAUCAUUCUUUUCAAAUUUAUUUGGGUAUAAUGGAUGAAAUAAAAUGCGAAUUCAAAUUUUUGGAA